GGAACCGGCGCCGCUCAUUGCUCCGUGGCUGUGCAGCUCAGCCGCCGGGCGCGCGGGGCGGCGCUCCCUUGGCUGGCUGCCCGGAAUUGCCCUGCCUCGCCGACGUCCCCCGAGCCCCGGAGGCGGCAGAGCUCGAGAGGAGCCCCCUGCCUGCCCUCCCGCCUCCUCCGGAGCUGCCCCCGAAGGGAUUCGGCACUGUCCGGGGCUCCUUCGGGUUCCAGACUACGAACCGCUUCACUGUCCACCUGAUGGAGAAUGUGACUAGUGCCCUACCUGCUGGAGCAGUAGCUGCUGUGCUAAAACCCAGUGCUGAACUUCCUGAAGGGAGCCUAACUGUACAUGGCUAUGACUUUGACAAUGGAUUAAACUAUCAUGCCUUGCUUCAGUCUUAUCUCACUACUGGUUUCCAGGCUACUAGUUUCGGACAGGCUGUGAAUGAGAUCAAUCGUAUGAUAGAAGCAAAACUGACACCAUUAGGUGAGGAUGAAGGAAACCACACUGACUUGAAUCCCUGUUCUCGCCGCCUGACUGGUUGUACAAUUUUCCUGGGCUUCACUUCCAACCUCAUCAGCUCAGGUGUUCGUGAGACAAUCCGUUAUCUGGUGCAACAUAAUAUGGUAGAUGUUUUAGUGACCACAGCAGGUGGUGUGGAGGAAGAUCUGAUCAAAUGCUUGGCACCCACCUACAUUGGAGACUUUAGCUUGAAAGGGAAAGAAUUACGGCAGAAUGGAAUUAACAGGAUUGGGAAUCUCUUGGUGCCCAAUGACAAUUACUGCAAGUUUGAGGACUGGCUAAUGCCAAUUCUGGAUCAGAUGGUGACAGAACAGGACACCGAGGGUAUGAAAUGGACUCCGUCAAAGCUCAUUGCUCGGCUUGGCAAGGAAAUCAACAAUCCAGAAUCAGUCUAUUAUUGGGCACAAAAGAAUAACAUUCCUGUACUGAGCCCAGCGCUAACGGAUGGAUCCCUGGGAGAUAUGAUUUUCUUCCAUUCCUAUAAGAAACCAGGUCUUGUGCUGGACAUCGUAGAAGACCUGAGACUAAUUAACACCCAGUCCAUCUUUGCUCGGAAGACAGGAAUGAUCAUCUUGGGUGGAGGCCUUGUUAAGCACCACAUUGCCAAUGCAAAUCUGAUGAGAAAUGGAGCUGACUUUUCAGUAUACAUCAACACUGCACAGGAGUUUGAUGGUUCAGAUUCAGGAGCUCGGCCUGAUGAGGCAGUGUCCUGGGGAAAGAUCCGCAUGGAUGCCAAGCCUAUCAAGGUUUAUGCUGAUGCUUCCCUGGUUUUCCCGUUGCUAGUUGCAGAGACUUUUGCUCAAAAACCAAAUGCCUUUGUUCAAGAAAAGCAAAGUGACUGAACUGGGAACUGCUGCAUGAGGCACUUCAUCUGUUAGGAACUACCUGCUUCCAUCCCGCAUAAUGUUACAGUUGUCAGCAUCUGCACUGACAUUGCCUUGAAGAUCUGUUUGGGUGAAUGGAGUGAGGAGAGGCGUGAGAACCAUUCUGAAUGCAUCUUCUUCAAUCUCCAUACUGGACAGAAUUUGUAUCCCAAUGGUCUGCAUAUUAUCCCUGAAUUUGGAACCAGUCAUUCUGUUAGGCAUUACCACUUGCCACGGUGCAUCUCGUACUGCAAAAAUACAGUGUAAUUGGGAAGGCUAAGACUCAGUUGUGUGCUCCAGACUUUCAGAGGAUUUUUAUGCAGUGCUGGAACAGCUAGAGGAUUCUGGUUUGAUGUGUGUAUGUGGGUUUAAAUGACUGAACCAGACCAUACCUCUGUCCUGGCAUCUCCUGUCUUCUCAAUCAGUCACUGGUGUUUUAUGCAGAAUUGGCCAAAAGUCGUCAUUUCAUAACCACUGAAAUUGUUAAACACAUGAGUCUUUUUGCCUUUGGUAGGGUGACAUUUGGUGGCCUUUGCUGAACAUGAGUUAGCCACAGCCGUUGCUCAGUUUUUUGUUUUUGUUUUUUGUUUUUGUUUUUGUUUUUGCUUCUUUCUGGGGGCUUUCAGAAAUGAAACAGCUUUGGUUUAUAGAGUAUGGGGUUGUGGGAAAAAUAGGAGGAGGAAAGACUAUUAGGUAUGUUUGCCGCCUUGA